ACUCUAUAUAUUUGUUUACAUAAUGGCAGCCUACAAUUUUUUAACUCGAAGUGUCCUCAAAAUACAGUAUGGAAAAAUAUCAAGUGGAAAAUCUGUUUUCCAUAUGCAAUCACAAAUUAGACUUUUCAGUGCUUUGAGAGGUGAUUUGAAACAUACUAAAAUAUAUCAGCAGAGGCAUCAAUGGAUACAAACUGUGAGUUGAAAAAAGACACCCCGGCCUCGAGUUGUGAAAUUGUGAAAUCACAUUCACAUUGACUGAUGCAUUGAGAUUGUGAGUGAUUGAAUCAUUCAUUCACUGUCACUGAUCUACACUGAUCAGAAAUUGAAUUGUCAUUGACAGAUAUUGAAAAAAUGACAGAACACUAAUCACUAAAUAAAUAAGAAUUUGAUUAAUCUAAUUCUAACAGAACUAGGUAUUUUUGUCAAAAAUUUAAACAUUUUGUGAAAAUAAAUUAAUGGCAUAGUUGAAUAGAGCUAAUUUUUUUACAUAAUUAUAACACCAAAAUCAUAUUUUUAGCUGUUGUAGUUUUAAAGUUAUGAAUUUUUUAAGUACGACUUGGUUUGUCCUUUUUUAACAUGAACUGCAUCUCCACAUUCUGUGACCUCAUUCCGCCGAUCGCGUCAUGCGCAAUGACUAUAUAGUUUAUAUAAGGCAACUAAUCCCUUCAUCACUUAAGUACUGUUUAGGGUCGACUUAUUUUAAACUUUCAACUUUGGCACAUGAAAAAUUAAUGAAAGCAUUCCCUGACCAAUGGUUUAAAAGUUUUUGCACACAGCAAACUCUUAUGAAUAAAACUCUGAGGUAGUACUACGAUACAGCCAUUAUGCAAGUGGCUGUGAAUGGUUGCCAAUGACAACGUGUUGCACACGGAAAUUUCUGAUAAUUUAUAAUAAGGACUUACCGGGUUUUUAGAGCUCAAAUUAAAACAUUCCAGUUUAAAUGUCUUCAAAAUGCAUUCUGAAACACAAGUUAUCAAAUAUUUUGAUGUAUAUACCGGUAAUAAUUAAAUAUUUCCUAAGUAUCGGCAACUUCCGCCAUUAAAAAGGGGGCGUGGCCCACGCCAUGACUAAUUUAGGCUGAGUGACCUUAUGGUGAUAUGGGUCACUUGGAUAAGCGUAACAAACGUGGGACAUGACCUACAUCAAUGAGAAUUGGCACACAUAUACUUCAAUAUCUAAUGCUUUACACGAUUUAAUAUAAAAGACAUGUUCCCUUUAUUUCACAAAAAAUUUUGUAUGUGAAGAUGCCUUAUAUAUACCAAAGAUUUUCAAAAUAAAGGUCGAUUGAAAAAAGCAAAAUAGCUGGAUGGAGAUGUAGGCCAAGAUGUCUUCCAAAUUAUAAGACCGUAAACAGAACUCAAAUAUGUGUCGAAAGCACUCAUUUAAUAAUAAAUAGACACACACAUCGGAAAAUUAAAAUCUCAGAUUUUUCAGCGCCGACGCCUAUUUCCGAUACACAAAAAGUAGUAGUCUCCCUUGUUUCAUCGAAGUAUCUAACAGAACAAGCAGCCUAACCUAAAUGAAUUAUUCAAUAAUUACGGUGAAACUCCAAUAUAGCGUUGGUAAUUAAUACUUAGAUAGAUGGCACCCACUACCAUACCGGAAAUACUUUAGCAGACAACAGGAAGUUUCUACGUUAAAAGAAAUUUAAAUUAUUUAAAUUGUCACAAAUGACCAUGUUGGAGUCAGGAGAAGAUGGGCGUAGCUACCGCACAAAAGUACAAUAGAUGAGGGAAUUGAUAGCCUGACAUCGGCAGAGUUUAUAGUAGUACAGGGAAAACAGGAUAGUUUGGAGAAAAGGGUAGAAAUUGUGGGAGCGGGUAUCACAAAUGUUUUCGAUUAAAAAGUUUACGCUUGCAGGUGGAAGUGGAAUGUUCACGAAGUCCAUGGGUAGAGUUAGAUUAAUUUUCAGUAAUGGAAAAUGUCUCAAAGUGAUAGAUGCUAAUAGCUGGGUAGGUACAUGAAAAGGACGUCCGGGGGUAAAAGGAUCCAGUCGGGGAAUGUUUUCUUUAAUGAUGUAGCAAUUCAAUGACUGUGUGAUGGUUAUCUAGUAGAGGUUAUAGACCUGUUUACUGUUACAAUUUUGGCGUACAAUGUACGAUUUUAAGGUGUAUACAUCAUAAAGACUGUAUGUUUAUUUUUCACUAUUAAGAUACUGUAUUGAACGAUUUUGUGAUGAUAUUGUACGACUUUAAUAGUUUUGGGGUAAACAGGUCUGAGGUUAUACUCACAUGAGGUGUACCUAUAAGGUGGAGGUUUGGGGACACUAAGGAGAGAGAUGUAGCAGUUGAGAGAGAAUAGUCGAGAGAGAUCAGGAGACGACAGUUGACUAGUUGACAUAGGAAUAGUUGAAGGGAUACAUACCGUAUGUGCUCUUCCACCCUUCUAAGCCAGAUGCUCACCCGUGGGACAACAUCCUCGUCUCUUACUUCUUCACACAGACUAGUGCAACCGACAUCAACACAGCAAACACUGAAUAUCUUGGUAUAAGUUUAUUAUACCUCGUCCAAACCUGGCGGAUCAAUGUACACCAACAAUCCAACUCGUGAACUAAUCAACGUUCUACUUCAACAAUAUAUCCAGCCGAAUCCUCCACACACACAAAACAAUCCACGUCUUGAAUAUCACACAACGGCCAUCUAUGUAUUCUAUCCACAACAGCUAAAACUCUCUUGUCAUUUCCCUUUACCCAAAUACGUCACAACACUCUCACACCAUCGAUACAGCUACACAUGAAAUCACUAAACAUCUUUUCCCUACCAGACUUGACAACAGUAAUCUACACAUAACAACAGUGAUUCUCAUACCCUUGACAUCACCUAUCUGUGCGACCCAAUUAUUUCUUUUCACGCAGUCACUAAUCAUUACAACAAAUUGUCACCAUGGUGUAUUGUUGGUCAUAUGAUAUGCCACAGACACAGAUACAGCAUAAGGCCGCUGUUGCCGAAAAACUUGUAAUUGAUUGGUGCAACUACAUGUGAGAGGUGUGUGAAACUUAGCUGGAACGUAAUGCGACCGAAAUUGGUGGAAUAGACGUAAAUGGAGAACCUAUAAUUGUGGAGAUAGAUGAAACGAAUUAUUUCCACAGGAAAUAUGGUGGUCAGUGUCGGGAUGGCCACUGGGUCUUCGGUGGGGUCGAGCGCACAAGUGGCAAGUGCUUCUUGUUGGAAGUGCCAGACAGGCGCGCAGACAGGCUACAAGCCUGUAUAGAAGCUCACAUCUUGCCAGGGACACACAUCGUUUUCGAUGGCUGGGCUGCAUACGCACACAUAGAUCAAAUCGAACACGGAAUAUACAAGCAUUCUGUUGUUGUUCACGAAUGUAAUUUCAUGGAUCCUGAUGAAAGCGAAGUGCAUACCCAGAACAUCGAAAACAUGUGGAUGAGAGCGAAGCGGAAGUUGAGAAGACAAUUUGGAACUAGUCGUGCAUUGUUUCUCUCAUAGCUGCAAGAAUUUGCCUAUUGUAACCAGUUUCGGCGCACAGACAUGUUUCCGAACUUCCUAAUUACGCUUGUCGAAACUAUCCGUGAUUAGACAGUCUGUUGUGGUUCAGAGUAGAAUGGUGCUUUAAAUAAACUUGAAACUGUGUUAACUACAGUUUUGUUGGUUGUAUUUUAUGUUAUUAAAGCUGUUUUGGGUCUAUUUUAAUGUUAUAAUUACCGACGCUAUAUCGGCGCUAUAUAUAUAUAUACUCAUGGCCCACUUGCAAUAUUUAUCAGGUAGUUAAGUUAUAAGUGAUAGUGAUAGUAGGUACUUCAGUAAAAAAAAAUUAAAAAAUUCAAAUUAAUUUUUUUAAUAUUACAGCUAUUUAGAGCAAAUUUCAAAUUAAAAAAAUGAGACCCAAAUCAACUUUUUAGCUUUCGUACUUUUUGAGCUAUGAAUUUUUAAAGUGGGAGCUUUUUUGUUUAUUUUAUUACUAUGGACGAAACGUCCACAUCUUGUGAUAUCAUUCUGCUGUUUGCAAUGACUAUAUAGUUUAUGUAAGGCAAAACAUCCCCUUAUUAUUACAAUACUUUUUAGGAACUGCUUAUUUUGAACUUUUAACUUUGGGACAUGAAUUAUUAAAGCUUUCCCUAACCAAGUGUUAGGCAAACUCAUAAGUCGAAAGAGCCAAAAAUCAGCCGCAGGAAAAUUAAAAAUGAGAUUGUUGUGAAUUCUACUAGAUUCAAAUCUAAUGAAUACUUUGCCUUUUACCAUUUUAAAAAUGCAUUUUAAAGUAGUAUGGUAAGAGAAAAAUUUGACUCGGGUGGAAGGGUGGGAGCAAACUUCAUGCCAAUAGACCAGUGUGACCCUCUGCUUUUAUAAUAUAAUUAGAACGCUUCCUAGACAUAUUUGGUAUCGAUCCAGGUGGGGGGGGGAUGUUUGGGUUGAACGUUUAGGGGAUGGUGAGCAAUGGGAAAUAAGAAAAAGUGAUUAAACAACAACAACCCUACCCCUUUGCUUACAAUUACCAUCGACCCUAACUGUAGGAUUUUGAGAUGGGAUGGGGGAAGGUGUUGGGGCAGAGCAUUUCAGAAGUUAGCCUCAUAUCAAUAUUAUGUCAUUUGUGGUAGUUUAUUUUAGUGAAACUAAGGAAGUAAGUUUACAAACAUAUAGUCCAUUCAAUUAUCUUUCAUUUGAUACCAAAUUUUGUCUUUCAAUCUAACAAUAAUAUUUUUAAAAAAAAUUUUAAUCCCAACCUCUCACUUCAUGGACCUGGGUCCGAAUAGCCACUUCGUUUUAUUAAUUUUAAAUAUCAAGAACCACACCAAGAAGAUAUUAUAUUCCACCUAAUACAUGAUUUAAUCCCAAAAUGAAGUUGAAUAUUUUCUAUAUUUGUUUUUUUCUCGUACUUUGAAGAAAUAUUUUCUUGUGCAAAUAUGUAAAAAAAAAAACAUUCUGGGAGCCAUGCAAAGUUAUCUCAAUUUGUGUUUCAGCAUGGUUCUACUGUGUAUAUAUAUAUAUUCUGGUGAUGUGAUGGAAGCAGACUGGACGGUCAAAUUUUAUAUACUGCUGUGUAGUAAGCAUACCUCUCUAGAAUCUAACCCACUUUGCAUGAGUUAUUUCACUUUUGUUCAUGCUUGUACAACUUAUUUUUUAAUUCAUUGGCCAUGGUCAUCCUCAUGAUCAAAGGGUCAACCCAUGAUAAAUACCCCUAUUGCAGAUAUAAGCUGUGUUUAACAAGUAGUCCAUUCUUUUCCAUACUCGUCACGCUGAGGGAAAACGCUGCACACAUACUUGCAAGUCCCUCCAGUGAGAACAUCAGUUGGUAUUUACCUACCCGUUUGCCGUACUGCAAGAAACAACCCCAUCUUAGCAGCUGGAUUUAAGAGUAAUGCUAGAGUCCUAAUUUUGUCCCCAAUAGACAGAUAUAGAUUUCUUGUAAAGUCAUGUUUAUUGAUUAUACAUUUUUCCCAAAUAAAAUGAAAAACAUUGUCAUUUCUUUUCAGUCCAAACAGUAUGCUAGUAGAAAUGGACCUGGUCAGCCUGUUAAAAGUCCGGUUUUACCAAAGUUACCAUUGUUCAAAAGAGUAAGUUUUGGUCUCUGGUUUUCAAUUUUGUUCUCUUUUCUUCAGAAGGAAAUAAUGAUUGUGCAAGUUUUCUGACAUGGAAACUUUAUGUUUGCAUUGUUGAUCUCAUAAAAUAGUACAAAGUCCAAGUGCUCUUUAAGUUGCUUAAUGGUAGUGGAAUUUACUCUCAAGAUGAAACAUUCAUUCCAGACGUCCAACAAAAAUUGUUAAUUAAUUUUCAGCUAAUAUUAAUAUUACUCUUGUCUUAUUCAAAGUAAAAAUAACAUAAUGCUUUUUUAAAAUAUAUUUUUGUGGUUGUGCAGGACCAAACUUGUUUACACUUGUCUACACGUUUGUCGAUUUUUAUCUGAUUUCUUUUUUUGAUAUUGAAUGAACUAAGAAACCAAACAAACAAUCCAAACAAAAAAUAUGCAUAAUAUUUCAAAGUAAUGAAUUUCUCUUAAUGAAUAAAUUUGUUUAAGUUCCUUGUAAUGUAAUUGUGUGAGGCUUACUCUUAUCAUAUAUUAUAGCCUACUUGUGUUAUAGCAUAUGUGUUGACCUAAUUUUACUUCACCAUAUCAUUGUGGCAAUCACCACCUGUGUCCCCUUUUUUGUUUUUGAUAUUGACGUCCCAAUUAAAUGUGUAGCGCUGCACCACUCCCUCCCUGCCUUGAUUGGGAAAAGGUUGAUUACGUUCUAAUUUUUUUAACAUAAUGAUAAUAUCGGACGAUAUCAUUUCUAGAAUUUCUUUUCUGGAGGGUUUCAACUCACUCCCUAUUAAAAGACCAGCAGCUUUCCCAGGCCGGGUAGAGACUUUUUGCUUACCUAAAAAGGAGACAUAAUAUACUAAUAGAACCCUUUAAAAAUUGUCCUCUUUGUGUGAGUGUGUGUGUAUUAAUAUUUGUAUAAUUCGAGGAUUGUACUUUUUUUACUUGCUAUACUGUAAGUUAAUAUAGUUUUUAUUUGUUUCUAAUUAAGUUUAUAUAUUUAUAUAAAUUUAUUAGUGUUAUUAAAUUGAAUAUUGAUAAUAUCACUAGCUUUUGUAUCGUUUUUGUUUGUUUGUUUACUGUCUUCAGUCCUUUGCUACAUAUUGUUCAACAAAUCAGCCAAAUCUUAAAACGGGUUAAAUUUGCAAAACCAUACAACACGUAACACUUAGUAUAUGAUACAAAAAUAUAUAAAAAAGGACAAUGUAUAUAGGUGUCCAUCAUUUCAAAACAGCAAAUUCUAGUACUUUUGAAUAAAUAUUUAAUUUCUUAUGAAUUAACAACUAUUUUAAAUGUGAUUUUCUUCUACAUUACUCAGAUCAUUCUUAAAUUUACACCACAAAAGAGAAGUUGGCAUCCUGGAGCUUCCAACUUGACACCUAAUGAAAUAGGAAUAACAAAUGCCAAACCAGUUCGUUAUAUUGAUAUUGUCAAGUCCAUGCUUGUCUACAUUUGGCCAAAAAACAAUCUGUCUUUUCGUAUCCGAGUGAUUGUGGCACUAAGUUUAUUGGUUGGGGCCAAGGUAAGCAAAAAAUAUAAGUUUACUCAACUUAAGGUUGGUAACAAUGAAUGUACUGAGCAAUUAAGUUAUGUUAAUGGUUAUUUUCUAUCUUGUUGGUUUUGUUUAAUGUGAAGGUUUUAUCUUCAACAGGCUCUCAAUGUGACCGUACCCUUUAUAUUUAAACAUGGGGUUGAUUAUCUUAACACCCCAGCUAACUGGCUAGGGAUAGAGGAUGCGGGAAAAACCAUUUUCACCGUUGCAUUUGCAAUAAUGGUGGGAUGUAAGUGCCACAUAAUUAGUUGUGUGUAAAGUCUCUUUACUGUUUGAAUUUCAAGAAAGAAAAGUCAAUAAGAUUCAUUGUGCGAUAACUUUAAAUAAACUUAUCCAAUCAAUUAUUUCUUGUCUUAAAAGAGAUUUAAAAUAAAAAAUAUAUGGCCAUGAAUUUAAUUAUCAAUAAGUAUAACACCUUUAUUAUUUUGCUAAAUAGUUUUUUUAAGGUUCCCUUUUUUAAAUGAAAAAGGAACUAUGUAAUGUGAGUUUUGUUUCCAAACAGAUGGCCUCGCUAGAACAGGAGCUGCAGCUUUUAAUGAGCUGCGCAAUGCUGUUUUUGCCAAAGUCGCACAAAGUUCUAUUCGCAAAGUUGCUAGAAAUGUUUUCUUGCACCUGCAUUCUAUGGAUUUGAGUUUUCACCUUUCUAGACAAACUGGUGCUUUAUCAAAAGCUAUCGAUCGGGGAACUCGGUGAGUUAUGUUUUCGUUAAAUUUAAUGACAUCCUCAUCUUGUUAUUUUAAGAAUAAGCAUUUUCCAUGCAUUGUAUUUAUAGGCUUACUUUUUGUUAUUGCAACAAGUUACAUAUCCAUUUCAUUUAGUGCAACAAGUUACAUAUCCAUUUCAUUUAGUGCAACACGUUACAUAUCCAUUUCAUUUAGUGCAACAAGUUACAUAUCCAUUUCAUUUAGUGCAACAAGUUACAUAUCCAUUUCAUUUAGUGCAACACGUUACAUAUCCAUUUCAUUGAGUGCAACAAGUUACAUAUCCAUUUCAUUUAGUGCAACAAGUUACAUAUCCAUUUCAUUUAUCGCAACAAGUUACAUAUCCAUUUUAUUUAGUGCUAGAAAGAUUUCAUAUGACAUCAGAACUUUUGAUAGAAUGUGAUGAUUUUUAAAAUAUUUCAGGGGAAUUAACUUUGUCUUAAGUGCCUUGGUGUUUAAUGUUGCUCCCACGAUUCUUGAGGUCAGCUUUGUAAGCUCAGUUCUGGUAGGUUUACAGUUCCUGUAAAAAAUAUGUAGCAAUUCACAAUUGUUUAAAGUUAAAUUUUAAAGUCGGUACUUGAUUAAGUCUGCAAGUAAGCUUUUUUCUUACUAUGUUUAAAUAAAGCUUCACAUUACUUGAAUACAUUGAUGAUUGAGUCAAUAGAUCAUGUGAGACCCAGCUUCUUGAAUUUGUAGAAGACCUGAUGACCAAUCUGGAGAACCACAAGCAGACUGACGUGCUGGUAAUGGACUUCGCAAAGGCAUUUGACCGUGUGAAUCAUAGUUUGCUUCUACACAAACUCCAGAGAUAUGGGAUCCAAGGCACCACUAAAACAUGGAUCUCUAGCUUCCUCAGCCACCGAUGCCAAGCAGUAGUGGUGGACGGUACAAGCUCCUCCUUUGUCGAUGUGAAGUCAGGGGUCCCCCAGGGAUCAGUCCUACUGACCAGGACCAGCUACAACAGGAUCUCAAUCUGUUAGCUGAGUGGGAGAUGAGCUGGGACAUGGAAUUUCACCCUGCCAAGUGCCAGACACUAUCAGUCUCUAGAAGUUGUACUCCUCUACACUACCAAUACGAACUGCACGGCCAUAUACUUGAGCCAGUUUCCUCCGUAAAGUACCUGGGUGUUACCAUUCAAAGGACGAACAUAUUAAAAAUGUAUGUAUCCAAGCAAACAAGACCCUUUGGUUCUUAAGGCGAAAUCUAAAGAUUGGCAACUCCUGUGUAAAAGAAAGAGCAUAUAAAGCCUUUGUCCGUCCGGUUUUAGAUUAUGCAUCUUCAGUCUGGGACCCAUUUACCCAGAAGAUCGUUGACAGGUUGGAGGCGGUCCAGCGACGAGCAGCACGCUUUGUCCUAAACCGCUACAGGAAUACCUCUAGUGUUGGCAGCAUGCUGGUAACACAAGGCUGGUCACCAUUGAAGGAACGACGAUGACAAUCCAGGCUCUCCAUGAUGUACAAGAUAAAUAAUGGACUGGUACACUGUUCCAGUAUUAAACAGAAACUCGUCCCUCUCCCCCAUAGACAGCGACGAGGCCAUGACAGGCAAUUCAGGCUCAUACCAGCAAGAAGCCAGUAUAGCAGCUGCUCAUUCCUGCCCAAGACAAUCAGGGACUGGAACAAGCUUUCAAAAGGAAAGGUUGAGACGACAACACUAGACACAUUUGUGUCUAUUGCCUCAAGCCUUCAAACCCCAAGUGCAUGAUUCCCUCACAAAAUGGCACUGGAAAUCAGUGAAAUUUCCUCAUCAACACCAGGAACAGAAACAUUGCAAAUCCCAUCUACAUGCAUAGGAGCCAAAAUGAUCAAUAAAUUGAUCGUGGGCCCUUAAAAUAUAGAAGAAGAAGAAGAGGAUUCUUGUCAUUUAACGCAGUCAUACCUAACCUAAUUUUGAUGUUAACUCUCUUAUAUGCCCAAGCAAGGAGUGAUAAUGCCUUUAGGAAACAUAGAUGUUAAUUUUAACAAAAAUAAAUUAAACCGUGAGCAAGUAGCAAAAACUACUGCAUUAGGCAGUAGUGUGUGGACAUUAAGGAAGAUGCAUAACAGAGGUAUAGACAGGAGUAGUUAAUGUGUCAAUCAAAUAUGAGAAAUACACAUUUUUUUUUACUGAAUUUUUAAAAUCUGUUCAUUUACCAGCACAAUUAUUAUUCAAAAGAUUUUGAAAGCCUCAUUACUAGUAUGUAGUAAUUCCGGCUAUUCAUUUAUUCUAAAUCAACAAACAUUUAUAAUUCCCAAUGGCUGAAAGUUCAUGCCAAAUUUUACAUUUUCAGUACUACAAAUGUGGUGGAAACUUUGCUCUAGUCACUUUGGGGUGUGUUGCAUCCUACACUCUUUUCACACUAGCAAUUACUCAAUGGAGGUUAGUACUGGUUACAAAUCCAUCCUUGGGGUGGGUGGGUGGGUGGGAUGUGGGGGCUUUAAAAUAUUUCUAUUAUUAUAUUUGGUGAAAUACUACUAAAAAAAUAAUAUUUGUUUUCUUUAUUAUUUCAUAUAAGGAUUGAAGUAUGUAAACUGCCUUAUUUGCAGCUUUAUUUUAAGUCAGUUUAUAAAAUCUUUUUUUUUUUCACACUAUCAAUCAGAAUUUAAAUUAUAUGACAGCAUAGGGCAUAGUUUUUUUAACUCUUGCUUAAAUGAAGGCUAAUAUUAGCAUGUCAAGUAUCUCUCAUCUUUCUAGAACUAAAUUUCGAGUCAUGAUGAAUAAAGCUGAUUCUGAAGCAGGAGCCAAAGCCAUAGAUUCUCUAAUCAAUUAUGAAACUGUCAAGGUAAUCAAGCGACUAUUUUUUGUAAAUAUAUUUCUAAAUGAUGUCAGACCAACUUAGGAUUCUGUUAAUGCUGACAGCAAUGUAAAUUAUUUAAAGCUAAUGCCAAAGGAACCAAUCAUUUAAAAAUAAUAACUUUUUUAAUAAUUGAUUUCGAUGUUUAGCUUUCUUUUUAUUUUACAUUCACUUCUUUUUUAUUUUCAAAUGUUUUUGUUUCAAGUAUUUCAACAAUGAACAAUAUGAAGCAGACAAGUAUGAUAAGCAACUGAAAAAGUAUGAAGAUUCUUCUCUGAAAACUACUGUCAGUUUGGCCAUGUUGAACUGGGGUCAAAAUGUUAUAUUUAGUGUUGGUCUCACUGCCGUGAUGAUCAUGGCUAGUAACAAUAUCAUGGCAGGUAAAGCAUAGUUACCCAUCAGUUAAUAUUUUCAUAAACUAUUCAUAAAAUAUUGUUUCAACAAACAUUUUAAUUAACGCUGACUUAGUGAGCUUGUAUUAAUAAUUUUUCAUCUCAUGAGUACCAGACUGUCUAAACUAAUUUCAGUUUGACUCUCCUAGGCACAAUGACAGUUGGUGACCUUGUCAUGGUGAAUGGACUGUUGUUCCAGCUUUCAUUGCCUCUCAACUUCCUUGGUUCAGUGUACAGAGAAGUGCGGCAGUCAUUGAUAGAUAUGCAUGCAAUGUUCAGUCUCUUGAAUAUGACGACCAGCAUCAAGGUAACCAAGGCGUUAAGGAAACAGUGAAGUUAUAUUGACUGUUCAUUAUUUGUUAGACAUUUAAUUCCAUUAGGUGAAAUGUAAUCAUUAAAAUAAAUGUAUAUUGGGAUUAUAGUCAUACAUCACAGCAGGAGAUAUUCAUGCAUUUUCUGCUAUAGAGACCACAAUAAAAAAUAAAAGAUCACAAAAUUAACAAAAAUGUCACUGUAAAAUUUAGUUACAUUAUUAAAGCUUGUUUGGUAUUUUACAAUAUAUUUGCAUGUUAUGGUGUUUGUUUACUUGCAAUUUCAUAUUUUCUUGAUAAAAAUUUAUAUUGAUGUUAUAUUUAAUGACCAGAGUAAAUUGAAUGCCCCGCUACUUCAAGUGACUCCUAGUGAAUCCACCAUCACAUUCCAAGAUGUCUACUUUGAGUAUGUCAGGGGUCAUAGCAUCUUAAAUGGUCUUAGUUUUACAGUUCCAUCUGGCAAGAAGGUUGCAAUAGUUGGAGGCAGUGGAUCAGGGUGAGUUUAGUAGCUCCACAGUGUAAAUAUGAUAAAGGUGAAGUAGUAAAGAGGAUUAAUUUAAACUGAGAGUAAAGGAACAUUUAAGUAUGUCAAGGUUUCUAUAAAUUAUCCAAAAUGAUCCAUGAUCAAAGUUUCAAAUAUCCAAGAAAUAUAUUUUAUAAAGAGGUUAUCAAAAAUUUUAAUUUUAUUUAUUCAUCAAGUGAUAAAAACUAUGUGGAUUAAUUACAUAUCUAAAUACGGUACUCUUUUCUUUCAUUUAGCAAAUCAACCAUUGUUCGACUUCUCUUCCGGUUUUAUGAUCCUCAGAAAGGUAGUAUUCUGAUCAACGGACAGGAGAUAGAAAAUGUAAACCUGGAAAGCAUUCGAAAAGCAAUAGGUGUUGUUCCUCAGGUAACAUAUUAUGGUUUCAAACUAUUUGUUAUUAGAAAAGGCUAAUCUCAAAUCUUUUAUCAGGUUAAGCUAAAUUAUCAACACGAAUAAAGUAAAUUUUGAUUAGAAGUGUAUCCUGUCCUCACAGUUCUGCUUUAAUUUCUCCAUAGUUAGGUAUGCUGCGGUACAUUAGCUAAGGGCCACUGCUCUACAAAAUGAUAUACCAUAUAGAAAAAAAAAUAUUUCAGUGAUAUGUUGCCAACUAAAUAGGUACUUAAAUAUUGUCAAUGAAUCAUUAUGUGAAUGCUUCUCAAAAUGUCUGCCACUCUUUGUGAUAGGAAGUUUUUAUUUACAACUCUUGCAGGUCACCUAGCUGGCAGUAUAUAAAAAAUUGUUUGUUAAACUUUGUCACAUGGUUAAUGUUUCUUGAAAUGUAUUUUAAUGUACCAUUUAUAGCUGUAUCAGAAAACCAUUAUCUACAAACUACAAAUACAAAUGACUAUCAAUCUCACUAGGAUUGUGUUUUAUUUCAUUGCUCUUUGUAUCACAACAUUGCUCAUGGCAAUCUUUCAAUCUCACUAGGAUUGUGUCUUAUUUCAUGACACUGUAUAUCACAACAUUGCUUAUGGCAAUCUUUCGGCCACAGAAGAAGAGGUUCACAGGGCAGCCAAAAUGGCAGAAAUUCAUGAUGCAAUAAUGAACAGAUUUCCACAUAAAUAUCAAACACAAGUUGGAGAACGAGGGCUUAAGUUAUCUGGUGAGAAUAAUGGAGUUCACUGUUUUAUUUUUAUUUAAAUUUUCUCCUCUUCAAUGUUUAGUAAAAUAAUUUUUACCUAGACUCAAAAAUACUUUCUGUGUCAUGUUAAUAACUUUUUAGCCUUGCAAUGCAAACCAGAAUUAAGACAAAGGCUUUAAAAAAAAUUUCUGCAUUGACCAUUGACAUUAUUUAAUUUUUUUUUUUUUUUGGAUGUAUUUUCUGUUUACACAAAAACAAAAACUUUUUUUGGGUUAAAUAAUUUAGGUCAUUUUCAACAGGCGGUGAAAAACAAAGAGUAGCGAUUGCCAGAACCAUUCUGAAAGAUCCACCAAUAGUGAUUUAUGAUGAGGCCACUUCUUCCUUAGACACUAUCACAGAGCAGGUAACCCUAACAUUGUCAAUAAUUUAAGCAUUGUUCUUUAAAAUUUCUUUUAAAAUAAUUGUUUGUUUUCAAAACUGAUAAACUUAUUUGCAAGAGACAAACAAAUUCCUGUCAAGAUGUGUUAAAUUAAUUUAAAAAUCCAGUAGCAUCUCUUUGAAUCUAUUUUAGCUUGCAAUAGGUUCAUUCAUACAGUAGAAUCAUGUCAGACGGUUUUAAUGGGAUGCAGUUUGAAUACAGGUGUAAAUAAUUUCUCAUUCAUUUGUAACAUUUCAGAAUAUUCUUCAAGCCCUUCGACGUGUUACCCAAGGGAAGACAACUAUUGUUAUUGCUCACAGACUGUCAACUGUUGUUGAUGCAGAUCAGAUCCUUGUGCUGGAUAAAGGAAGGGUGGUAGAGCAAGGGUCUCAUCCUGAACUUAUUUCAGACCCCAACAGCCUUUAUGCACAGUUGUGGCAAAAGCAGAGCUCAUCUAUGGAUCUCAAUAACAAUGAUAACACAAAAAGUGUUCAAAAUGGUGCAGAACCAAUUAUUUUAGACGAAAAAGAUUCAGUACCCAAUUCACAUUAAUGGUGGUCUCCUCUUUAAAGUUUGGCUGUGUUCAAAUGUAUGCUUUUGAGUCAUGAGCGAAGGAAAUAUUACUUAUUAGGUGUUCUGAUUAUAUCAUAGGAAUUAUAAAGCACACAAGACUUAAUAAACUCUUAUUUUUGAACUCCUUGCCCCGGGUGAUUAUUUGUCAAGUUUUUCUGCAUAAGAAUAUGAGUAUUUAUGAACAUUUAGUGUUAUUCAAUGAAAGAUCUAAACAUGUAGGAUUUGUAUAUUUCAACACUCUUCACCUGGAUGCAAUUAGUAGGACAAUUAAAGUUCAAACAUUGAUCCCAUGUGUUGAUAAAUCAUAAUGAUAUUUGCUUUUUGUUGUCUUCAGUUACAAUUACAUGUCAUAACUGUAAAAUCUACUUACUGAUGAAGUUAUUGUAAAUCUAUUUAAUUCUAAUGAUUUCUUUUAAUGUACAAGUGAUUAAAAGCAUAAUAUUAACUUGUAUUUAUAAAGUUAUAAAGUCUCUUUUUAAAAGUAUAAAAUGUUCAAUUUCAAAUUGUUAAUUUUUUUUGUUCAAUUUCUCUUUUUAAAAGUUAUUAUUUAUAUUUAGGGGAAUAGAUUUUGUCGAAUGUUCUUUUUAUUUGCAACAUGUACAGAUUUUGAAUAGUAUUAUUAUUACGAUCUUAAUUAGCAAAUUUGCAUUGCACAUACCUGCACAUUUCAAAGCAUUGGUUGCAAUUACUACAUGGGCAGACAUGUAUCCUGAAAAAUGUGGCUGAUAUGUUAGUUUAGUUGAUAUAUUUUUAGCUUUUGAUGAUGGAGAUAAACUUGAUUUACCCAUGUUAAUCUAUUUUUUAAUAAUUUUAUUAUUCCUAGUAAUAAUGAAAUAAUAGUGAUAUGAUUAAAACGAGUUGCUUCUGCAUUUUAAAAACUAGGAUUUCCGUUAGUUAUUAUUACACAACUGAUAUGAAUUAGAACUGCCCUUUAAAAGGAUGUUACAUUUAUUUAUGAUAGUAUGAUAGAAUAAACCUCUGUGAAUUCAUCUUCAUUAAAUAAAAUCUGAACCAGACAAAGCAAAGAAAUAUUUUAUGGCUCUGUACAAAGCAAUAUAAUAAUUUAUUAAACAAUAAACUGCAAUUUUUUUAAUGACAUUAUAUUUGAGAUAUAGAUUACACACCAUGUAAUUUUAAACCAGGUUAUUGAUAUCCAUUUGACAUGAUAUAUUUGGAAUUUAUUUUUUAAAAUUAAUUUGUGUGUGAAUAAUGUUUGUGCAAUUUAAUUUUGUCCUUUCAUUUUGUUUUUAGGAAUUUCAGCAGCUUGCAUGAGAUUUUAAUCAGAAAUCAUACAAAUGUUAAUCCAAUUAUU